UCAUUUUAUGGUAAGUUUUAAAUGUUCGGGAUUGAAGAGCCACUGAUCAGAGAAGUGAACGGAAUUAAAGAAAAUCCUCUUGGAGCGGAGAUGGAGUCGGUCCGGUCCUGGGUUCGGAAUGUCGGAGUUGUGGAUGCGAACGUAGCGGCGCAAAGUGGUGUAGCACUGUCCCGGGCCCACUUUGAGAAGCAGCCCCCAUCAAACCUUCGCAAGUCCAACUUCUUCCAUUUCGUUCUGGCACUCUAUGACAGACAUGGACAGCCCGUUGAAGUGGAGAGGACAGCGUUCGUUGACUUUGUGGAGCAUGAAAAGGAGCAGACUGGAGAGAAGACCAACAACGGGACCCACUACAAGCUGCAGCUCCUUUACAGCAAUGGGGUGCGGACAGAGCAGGACUUGUAUGCACGACUCAUUGACUCCGUUACCAAACAGCCAAUCACGUAUGAAGGACAGAAUAAGAACCCCGAAAUGUGCCGGGUGCUGCUCACCCAUGAGGUUAUGUGCAGCCGCUGUUGCGAGAAAAAGAGCUGCGGCAACCGCAACGAGACUCCCUCAGAUCCCGUCAUCAUCGACAGGUUUUUCUUGAAGUUUUUCUUGAAGUGUAACCAAAAUUGUCUGAAGACAGCAGGGAAUCCACGAGACAUGAGAAGGUUCCAGGUGGUCCUGUCCAGCACUGUGAGCGUGGAUGGACACGUCUUGGCUGUGUCUGACAACAUGUUCGUCCACAACAACUCCAAACACGGGAGGCGGGCGCGCAGACUCGAGCCGGGGGAGAGCGUGGAGAAUGGCAUGGAGUACGCCACCCCUUGCAUCAAAGCCAUCAGUCCCAGUGAGGGCUGGACAACAGGGGGCGCCAUGGUCAUUGUGAUCGGGGAGAAUUUCUUCGAUGGGCUUCAGGUGGUGUUCGGCAGCAUGCUGGUAUGGAGUGAGCUGAUCACGCCCCAUGCCAUACGCGUCCAGACACCCCCACGGCACAUCCCGGGGGUCGUGGAGGUCACGCUGUCGUACAAGUCCAAGCAGUUCUGCAAGGGGGCCCCCGGACGCUUCAUCUACACAGCCCUGAAUGAGCCCACCAUCGACUACGGCUUCCAGCGUCUGCAGAAGGUCAUCCCCAGACACCCGGGUGACCCUGACAAGCUGGCCAAGGAGAUGCUACUGAAGAGAGCAGCCGAUCUUGUUGAAGCCCUGUAUGGAAACCCACACAGUAAUCAGGACAUGCUACUAAAGCGCGCAGCUGACAUCGCCGAGGCUCUGUACAGUGUCCCCCGCCCACACAGCCAGCUGCAGGCCUUGCCCAGCUCCCCAGCCCACGGCAGUGUCAUGGGUCUGGGCUCCUACCCCUCCCAGCUGGGCGUCAGCAUCGGCGAGCCGGGUCAGCCCAGCACACAGGGUUACAUCCGUAAUUCCAGCAGCUUGUCCCCUAGAGGGUACCCGUCUGCCUCCACACCUCAGCAGUCUGGCUACGGGGGUGGAGGGGGGAUGAGUGGAGGUUACGGGGCUGUGCCCAUGUCAAGUCUGGGUGUGCCAGGGUCCCCUGGAUUCAGCAAUGCCUCCCCUACCAGCUCCCCCUAUGGUAUCAUGCCCUCCAGCCCGACAAUUCCAGGUUCGAGCUCCUCGUCCUCCCUCCUGCCCUUCUCCUCCUUCCCCUCCUCGGCCAAGCAGAAGAGCGCCUUCGCUCCCGUUCUGCGACCCCAGGGAUCCCCAUCCCCUGCGUGCCCCGCCUCGGGUGGCAACAGCUUCAGAGCAAUGACAGGUCUGGUUGUCCCCCCAAUGUAGCAGAACACCCUCUUCUUCCCACUGUCCUGAUCAAGCACUCCUUUCAACACCUUUAACCUAAAGAAGGGGUAGGGGUAAUGGGACCAAAACUGACUGCUCCACACCUUCCCACAUACCCCUCUUUUCCACAGAAUUCUCUCUUUUGCUUCCUGACUGCGCACCUCCUCAACUGAUUAGUAAACCUCAGAUUUCAAUAAACGCAUCGGCCAUAUCAAUUUGACACUUUGAUGGCAACGUAACGGGUGUCCAAUCCAAACCGGCGGUCGAGCAGAAACACGGUCCACCCGUCACAGCAAACAGGAGCCUGACUGAGGCAAUCAUCCAUGGAGAGCAAAAGCAAGGAGGAACUGAGGAGGAGAGCUAAGAGAGUCUGUGCCAGGGUAUCCUCACGUAAGCGUUCAGAUGACCUCUCACCUUUCUGCCCCAAACAAAUAAACACGCUUCUCAGCCUGAUGCACACAGGCCCGUGCCAGCAAGGUCACAUUGUUCCAGGCCUGUACAUCAUGUGAGCUGUCGCCACACUGCCAGCUGCAACAUCGGGCUGCCCUCAUUUAUCUCUGCCAUGUGAAAAGGACCACGGCUUAUAGCAGAGGGUGACUCAUGGCAUUUGGACAGGUCCCGUCCCACUGGACACUCAUAACUGUAGGUUCUGAUAUGAAAAGCAGGGUGCU